AUGGGUUGUAAUACAAUCACAGAUGACAACCAAACAAAGUGUCGUUUAUUCCUUGGCAACACAGCCCUUUCAUUUUUUGCGCUUUCUAUCGCACUUAUCAUGUUAAUGUUAUCGAUAUUAAGAUGGAAGAACGGGCGUGACGUUACACCAACAACUCAUGGUGUUAAAUCACAAGCUUAUUUGGUUCGAAAAGGUUCAUUAAGCAACGGUGAACCCGCAUUGUUCUUUUAUUCAAAGAAUAUGCACAAGCCUUAUAAUACCCAAAAAUAUACGUCCAAUUCAAUUGGGGUGAAUCCAACUUCUCCCGUUAAUAUUUCAAUACCCGAACCCGAAAUGGUCGCUAACUCAAAAUGUAGUCGUAGUGUUUAUGUUGGAAUGGAUAAUUAUGAAGGGGAGAAAGAUGAUCCUGCUUUGAAGUAUUGA